AUGAUUGACGUUUUGGAGGAGCAGUAUGCUAGUCUUUCUCUUACUGAGAAGGAAUCUGAAGAAGUGGUGGUGGACAUUAAUCACGUUGAGGAAGUUCUGUCUAGUGGGGAGAAUUGCUUGAUUAUGCAGUUGCUUACUAGGAAGCACUAUAACCAUGAAGUGUUUAAACAAACAAUGAGGAAAGUAUGGAGAACAGUUAAAGGCGUUAAGAUUCGUGAUCUGAAUUCAGAUUUCAGUCUAGCAGAGUUUGAGGAUGUGAAAGAUAAAGUGAAGGUCUUACGUGAGGGCCCUUGGGCGUUUGACAAACAGUUAGUGCUUUUGAAGGAAUUUGAUGGUUUGGUGCAGGCUAAGGGUCUAACAAUUGUUCAUGUCCCUUUCUGGGUGAGGAUUUAUGAUUUACCACUGAUGGCUCGGAACUCUUAUGUGGGGAAAUUAAUUGGCAGCUUGAUUGGAGAAUUCCUGGAGGUUGAUCUCGCUAAGGGGGAGUUUGAAUGGGGUGAGUUCAUGCGCGUACGGGUGCUCUUAGAUAUUUCAACACCACUUCAACGUAGGAAGAAACUGAAACUGGGGGAUGAAAAUUACUGCUGGGUUCGUUUGGUUUAUGAAAGGCUCCCUGAUUUUUGCUACCAGUGUGGAUUAUUGGGUCAUUCUUUACGUGAAUGUGCGGAAUUUAUUUCAGUCAAUGCAGAGAUUGAUCAACUGCCUUAUGGAGCUUGGCUUCGCGCAGGCUUUUCGUCUCCUAAACGCGGGUGGCAAGUGGGAGCCGGGGCUCGAAGUAAAGAGGGAAGCCGAAAUGCAGAUCCACCGCAGCCUAUGGCGGUUGAGCCUGCUAAGGGAGUGUCUGUUCCGCCGGUGAACGAAGGUGCAACUGCUGAGUUGGUGGGGAAUCUUCCUUUACGGGAAGGUGCAUCCAUAACCGAACGUGUGACUGUGGGGGAGAAGAACAUGGGUCCGGUGUUUGUGGAGAAGUUGUUUUCUUUGGAUUCUCCAGUAGUUGCUCAUGAGGGUAAUGCGAAAAUGGAUAAAGGAAGAGUGGGAUCAGGGGACACGUCGAAUUCGGAGAGAGUGGGAGGAAGCGUAACUCCCGCUAUAAACGAAGACCAUCUGGUGGAUGUUCCGAUUGUUAAGAGUUCAGAAAUGGGCUUGGGCCCUAGCCUUGGAUCCACUGAAGUUGGUGUUCGGCACCCAGGCCCGCAUACGCAGGAACGAGGGCGGAAGCCCACAAAAGAGGCUGCAGAAUUAACUAAAGGGCCAAACUGCUGCACGCCUAAUUCUAAUUCUAAGGCACGGGUGGGUACUAUUCAAUUUCACACAAAGGCAAUCUCCUUCGACGAAGCUGUUGGAGAAUUUGCAGCAGCUGGUGGAAUUUCCAAUCGGCCAUUGAGUUUCUCUCCGAAGAAAGCAGUAGUUGGUACCCGUAAAUGGAAGUUGCCCUCUAUCAAAGCGGAUGCAGGACGCCCGCACAAAAAGGUACAUGUAUCCGAUUCUCCCCUUGCGAUAUCGGCGGCGGCUAUUGCACAGCCCCGCCAGACACCAUGA